GGCGGUCAACCAUCACAUUAACGCACCGCUGCCAGUUCAUCCGUCUGAGCCAGCAGCAUGGGAAUCACCGUGCGGGUUCAUCACCGCGGGGGAAGCCGCAGCAACAGCGCAUUAACCCUGCGUCGGCGCGCAGCGGAAGCGACGGCUCUACAAUGAGGAGCAAUUAGGAGGGAGUUCACCUUCACUGUGCGCCGGCGAUUAGCGCGUCGGUGAAGAAUGGCGGAGUGUUUGUCUGACGUCUGGAGCUUGUUGGACCAGCUGCGCCGCGGAGGCAGAGCUGCUCCUGCGGGACUCGCCCUCCGCCGCGCGUCGCGUUUGUCGCCCUCUCGGUCGUCGUCGUGCUCCGGCGGUGAGAUCGCUCCCUGUGAAGUUGAGGACGCGCCGCCACCGGGACCCCGGUUCCCCGGGAGACGGGCACGGUGAGCAUCCCCCUCCUCCGCCCCCUCCCCCUCCUCCUCCAUCCUCCCGCCCGCGGAAGGAGGCAGGACGCGCCAGCCACAGCCGGUGGGAGUGGAAGUUGCGCGGCGGGCGGCGCACACAUGCUCCGUCGGCGUAAGUGACACGAGCGCCGGCUCCGUUCAGCGCCGGGUUGACUGAGUCCCUGCUGCCCACCGGCCGGCAUGCCGCAGAGGAAGAGGAGCUUCACCUUUGGAGCCUAUGGAGGUGUGGACAAGACGUUUGCCAAGGCCCGGAGCAAAUGGAAACAAGAUGGGAGUGACCCCCGGAUAUCUGCCACACUAGAGCCCCAGCUGUUCCAGCCCACACUCCCCAGCACCACCUCCCCGUUCCACAGGACGCCAGAUUUAUUUGAAAUGAUUGAAAGGAUGCAGGGCAGCAGGAUGGAUGAGCAGAGAUGCAGCUUUCCUCCCCCACUCAAGACUGAGGAGGACUACAUUCCGUACCCGAGCGUCCACGAGGUGCUGGGCAGGAAAAGCCCCUUCCCCCUCAUCCUCCUGCCUCAGUUCGGGGGCUACUGGAUCGAGGGCACCAACCAUGAGCUGGGCGACGUGGAGCAGCUGCAGCCGCUGUCUCCCGGCACCCGCACCAAGCUGGAAUGCAACACCACAGCCACACUGUACCGGAAGCACUUCCUGGGGAAGGAACACUUUAACUACUACUCGGUGGACGGUGCCCUCGGACAUCUGGUGUUCUCUAUAAAGUACGAUGUGAUUGGGGACCAGGAGCAUCUUCGUCUAAUGCUCAGGAGCAAACUGAAAACCCACCAUGAUGUGAUCCCCAUUUCCUGUCUGACUGAGUUCCCCAACGUGGUGCAGAUGUCCAAGCUCGUCUGCGAAGAAGUCAACGUGGAUCGUUUUUUCCCCGUCCUUUAUCCAAAGGCUUCAAGGCUUAUUGUCACCUUUGACGAACACGUAAUAAGCAACAACUUUAAGUUCGGGGUCGUCUAUCAGAGCUUUGGACAGACUUCAGAGGAGGAGCUGUUUGGCAACAGUGAAGAGAGCCCUGCCUUUGUAGAGUUCCUGGAGUUCCUCGGCGAGAAGAUUGAGUUGCACAACUUUAAAGGUUUCCGUGGAGGGUUAGACGUGACCCACGGGCAAACCGGCACAGAAUCCGUCUACUGCAACUACCGCAACAAGGAGGUCAUGUUCCAUGUGUCCACCAAGCUGCCUUACACAGAAGGGGACACGCAGCAGUUGCAGAGGAAGAGGCACAUAGGGAAUGACAUCGUGGCCAUCGUGUUCCAGGAGGAAAACACUCCCUUCGUGCCAGACAUGAUCGCCUCCAACUUCCUCCACGCCUACGUCGUGGUCCAGGUGAUGGACCCCUGCUCUGACAACGUCCUUUACAAGGUGUCAGUGACGGCCCGGGAUGAUGUACCGUUCUUCGGCCCGGCCCUCCCAAACCCUGCUGUCUUUAAAAAAGGUCCGGAUUUCCACGACUUCCUCUUCACCAAGCUCAUCAACGCAGAGUACGCUUGUUAUAAAGCUGAGAAAUUUGCCAAAUUAGAGGAGCGGACGCGGUCGGCCUUGUUGGAGACGCUGUACGAGGAGCUCCACGCGAACAGCCAGGCCAUGAUGGGCAUCGGGGGCGAGGAGGACAAGCUGGAGAACGGGAGCGCGGGCGGAGGGGGCUUCUUCGAGUCCUUCAAGCGAGUCAUCCGCAGCAGGAGCCAGUCUAUGGACGCCAUGGGUCAUGCUUUCAAGAAGCCGCACACGGUCUCCACUAGCCUGAGUGGCAGCUUUAACCACAACCCUGCAGAGAGCCCCAAAUUCCCAGGGAUAUCAUUGCUUGUUCCAGGCAAAAGCCCCAGUAAAUAUGGACGUCGAGGCAGUGCCAUAGGAAUAGGAACAGUAGAAGAGUCCUUGAUCAUCCCAGGGAAAAGUCCAACCAGGAAAAAGUCCGGUCCCUUCAGCUCCAGACGAAGCAGUGCCAUUGGGAUUGAAAACAUUCAAGAAGUCCAGGAGAAGAGCAGAGAGAACUCCCCAAAUACACAGAAGACCCCUGACAGCGGUCACGUCUCUCAAGACCCCAAAUCUGACAACUCAUCCAACCAGAGCUCUCCCGAGGCGCUCACAACCACUAAGAACAGCUCUUAUUUCGGUUGCAGGGCGCCGUCCAUCCCCGAGGGCCACGACCUCUCCCGCUCCUCCUCCAACGCCAGCAGCUUCGCCAGCGUGGUGGAGGAGAACGAGACCGAGGCCACGGAGGACUACGACACGGGCCUGGAGAGCCUGUCGUCUGCUGGGACGCCGCACAAGCGCGACUCCUUCACCUACAGCCCCUGGAUGGAGGACAGCAUCAGCAGCACCAGUAACACCAGUCGGGGUAGUUCCCCAGGGCCUGGAAAACCGGAACGAGGAAGGGGAACAGAUGUUCGUAUCAAGCUGGAAAAGCCACACAAUCAUCAGUCCUCAUCAAACUGUUAGCUUCACCCACCUGGUUGUGUGUUGGAUCUUCAUCAACAGCAUUCCCACAAGUUAAGUCCUUCUGGGAGAUGAGACAAGCGCAGUGUUUCCCGUGACCAGGGUUGAGACGGAGGAAGAUGAGGAAGACGAUGAAGAGCAGGUGGGGCCUGGCCGGUCCGCUGCUCACUGAAGGCCGGGGCGCAGACUUGCAGAAACCUGUGGGUCAUGAGAGGAUGCGCUUUUUGUACAGUGUUUCCUUCCACUCUUCUUUUGCCUUUUCACACAUGUGUUGCCUACCGUAGCGGUUUGAUUCUUACCUUUCUUUUAGCAGCGUACACUUCACCCACAAAUGCUUUAUUUUGUCGAGAGGGUCUCACGUUAGAAAUGUGCCGGCUGCACGCGGUGAAGAUAGUGCCAUUAGGUCCUUCGUGUGGACAGUUUGAAAGGAACAGCAGCAAAUCCACAAAGGCUCAGUAAAUGUCACACAUUAACGUAAACACACAAAUAUUCUGCAUCAUACUGUAGGUGAAUAUUUUCUAACAAAAUAUCCCCAAGCUCAUGGAGAUAACAGGUUGAGCAAAGAUAGUUAUGCACAGUAUAUAUGUAUAUAUGCAUACACAUGCUAUAUCUUUGACCAUCAGAUUUAAUUUUUACCUUCUUCCACCACCUUUUCAACCUUCAUGUUCUGGAGCCAACAAUGGGCCGACAGUAUUAGAUAAUAAUUUAAAGUCUUAUAUUCAACAUCCUUUUUUAAGCGCAUUAAUUUUUUUGAAAUGGCAGCGUAAUGUAGACACUACUGUCUGAUGAUGAAUGCAUAUGUCGAUCAAUGGCUGAUUUAACUGCUGGUCUGACAGCCAACGUCUGCAUCCUGUUCUGAGUUGCUUUUUGUCUCGCUAAUAUGUUUUUAUUUAUUUAGUUGAAUCCUGUUGAUGUGGCAUUUUAAGGGGACAUUUGUUAGGCUGCAUUUCUACAGAGACUACAUUCAGCAAACUGACAUAUGCUUGUACUAUACGUGUUGUUUUCUGGUAAAUUAUGAUGUUAUCAUCUGUAAAUCUUUAUCUGUUUCAUCAUUCAGCUCUCUUUCAGUCCAGUAACUUUGCAAUGCAACUAUAAUAAAACAGUGAAUAUUUAUAUUGCCAGGAGAAAUAUAACUACAAAUACAACUACUGAUUUUGUAAAUAAAUAUUUAGCUGGAGUAAAUAGUGUAUAAUAUAUAAGCCAAUGAUUUAAAAUAACAAACACUUCACAAUGACUGCCAAGUUGACAAUUUAUUUUCACGUUUUUUUCUUGGACCAUUGCAUUUAAAUGUUAUUAAGAGAGAUUGGGAGUUUUGUAAAAUAAAAUAAUUUUAAAAUCUCUCACAGUGAAUCCUGCUGAUCAUUUCAGUUGCCUUAUCAUCACAACUUGAUGGUGUAUAUGUAAAUAAUGAAGCAUAUAGUUAUUAGGCAGCGGGAUUUACAAUGCAAUGAAUGUUUCUGUUGUUGUUGUUGUUUCUAUUGUAAAUAAAUUCAAUGAACGCUU